AUGGAAUCAGGGAGAAGGGGAUGGAAUCAAGAAGAAGGGGAUGGAAUUUGGGAGAAGGGGAUGGAAUCUGGGAGAAGGGGAUGGAAUCGGGGAGAAGGGGAUGGAAUCUGGGAGAAGGGGAUGGAAUCUGGGAGAAGGGGAUGGAAUCUGGGAGAAGGGGAUGGAAUCGGGGAGAAGGGGAUGGAAUCUGGGAGAAGGGGAUGGAAUCUGGGAGAAGGGGAUGGAAUCUGGGAGAAGGGGAUGGAAUCUGGGAGAAGGGGAUGGAAUCUGGGAGAAGGGGUGGAAUCUGGGAGAAGGGGAUGGAAUCUGAGAAAAGGGGAUGGAAUCUGGGAGAAGGGGAUGGAAUCUAGGAGAAGGGGAUGGAAUGAGGGAGAAGGGGAUGGAAUCUGGGAGAAGGGGAUGGGAUCUGGGAGAAGGGGAUGGAAUCUGGGAGAAGGGGAUGGAAUCUGGGAGAAGGGGAUGGAAUCUGGGAGAAGGGGAUGGAAUCUGGGAGAAGGGGAUGGAAUCUGGAGAAGGGGAUGGAAUCUGGGAGAAGGGGAUGGAAUCUGGGAGAAGGGGAUUGAAUCUGGGAGAAGGGGGGAUGGAAUCUGGGAGAAGGGAUGGAAUCUGGGAGAAGGGGAUGGAAUCUGGGAGAAGGGGAUGGAAUCUGGGAGAAGGGGAUGGAAUCUGGGAGAAGGGGAUGGAAUCUGGGAGAAGGGAUGGAAUCUGGAGAAGGGGAUGGAAUCUAGGAGAAGGGGAUGGAAUCUGGGAGAAGGGGAUGGAAUCUGGGAGAAGGGGAUGGAAUCUGGGAGAAGGGGAUGGAAUCUGGGAGAAGGGGAUGGAAUCUGGGAGAAGGGGAUGGAAUCUGGGAGAAGGGGAUGGAAUCUGGGAGAAGGGGAUGGAAUGAGGGAGAAGGGGAUGGAAUCUGGAGAAGGGGAUGGAAUCUGGGAGAAGGGGAUGGAAUCUGAGAGAAGGGAUGGAAUCUGGGAGAAGGGGAUGGAAUCUGGGAGAAGGGGAUGGAAUCUGGUUGAAGGGGAUGGAAUCUGGGAGAAGGGGAUGCAAUCUGGGAGAAAGGAUGGAAUUAGGGAGAAGGGGAUGGAAUCUGGAAGAAGGGGAUGGAAUCUGGGAGAAGGGGAUGGAAUCUGGGGGGGGUCUGGGAGAAGGGGAUGGAAUCAGGGAGAAGGGGAUGGAAUUUGGGAGAAGGGGAUGGAAUCUGGGAGAAGGGGAUGGAAUCUUGGGGGAAGGGGAUGGAAUCUGGGAGAAGGGGAUGGAAUCUGGGAGAAGGGGAUGGAAUGA